AUAAUCUCGAAGGCGCACACUCCCGCGGAUCGCACAGGGCGCCAGCGCAGCCCCGGGCCGCCCACCGCACGCAGCGGUACGACCACACGUCCUGCGCGGCGGCUGCCCCGCUCCGGGACCCCAGGCGAAAGCAGGGCACACCGCACCGCACGGAAGGCCCGAAAGACAAUGUACGACCUCGUCCUCUUCGUGUUAGGUGUGGCACUCGCGGAGGUCGCCACAACCACCAGAUUGAGGGACUGGUCCUGGCACGCUAUUAUAAUCACGCUCAUACUCACGAUCGUCGCCGUCGCGGGCGCAAGACGAGCGUCGCAGCGACAAAGGGACCGGGAGCUCGAUCAAGCGGAACGGAAGGGAUUCACAAGAGGCUUCAAGGCCUUCAGAGGCGCGGGCAAGGACGAGCUGCGGUGGUUCGACCACGCCUUGGAGGUCUUCUACAACCGCUACUGCACGGACGAGCUCCUACUGGCGAAUUGGAUCCGUUUAACCGUAGAACGGUCCCUGCAGAACCGCGAGCUGCUCGGAGGCGUCAUCUCGGGCGUGACCAUCCCGCGGUUCAGCAUGGGCGAAAGUCGACUCGUCUGCCACCGCACGACACCGUUUCGGGUAGAUAGGCCGGAGGAGCUCUAUCUUGACUUACAGUUAAAAUGGUUCUCGGAGUGCCGAGCGAAAGUGGCCUUCGAGUUGCACGCUCUGACGGGUGGUGGCGUCUUCACGUGCUACAUCACGAACGCGUCCUUCGAAGGGACCCUGAGGAUAGGCACGACGUUCGUGGACCAGCGGCCCUGGGCCGGCCAGCUCCAUUUGUCAUUCGUAGAAACGCCGAAAGUAGACUUCGACAUCGAGGUGCUCAAGGGCUCCGUCACAUUACCGUUCGACCUGAAGAAAGUCGUGAGCAGAGCGCUGCACGACACGAUGACCUGGCCCACCAAAAAAUCAUUACCCUUCGACGAGUGGUGGGGGCCCAACGCCCUGGAGUUCGAAGGUUCAAAACCAAAAAAACCACCUGCGCUGGGUGUCUUUCACAUUGAAAUAGUGGAAGCCAAGGAGCUCAUGAAGGCGGGCGCUGGUCGGAAGGUCGGCGUCGGGUCUGCCGACCCCUACGUAAGAUGUGAUGUGGACGGUAUAUCAAAAAGAACCACGGUCAUCAGAAAGUCGCAAAACCCGCGCUGGGAAACUCUAUUGCAUUUGCUGGUGCCGCACCACGACGCUAGGAUACGGGUGAAAGUUGUUGAUGAUCAAGUGUUAGGUAUAAACGACAAAUUGGGGAGCUUCGAGUUCUCGGCGAAGCACCUGACGGCGCCGCGAGCUCUGGUACGGAGCGAACAACCCGUGUCGAGGGUCGAGCAUAGUAACCGGACGCUGCUCAAAGGUCGGGAGAAGCUCGCCGCCUUCUGUCGGAGCCACGUCUUGCGGAGCCAGGAGGAGACGAAGGAACCCUCGACGCCGCGGCGGACGCCGAAGCGGACGCCAUCACGUGAACAUUCCAUCCUGAAGACCCUUAAGCGUGCCGGGAGCGGUCCUAUCAAGCUCCUAGAAAGGCCGACGGUCGACACGCCGGAGCAGCUCGCUCUGCUGGUGCUGAACCAGCGGCGCGCGCGGAAAUGUGAUGACGACGGUAACAUAGUAGAGACCGACGUGUCCACGAACGAGCCCUUAGAUGUUUGGUUAAGACUCCAGGGCGUGAAAAAAGGCAAACUGAGGACGCGACUGGUCUACAGGGACUUUUCACGAGAAGAGUCGGAGCACUCGUUCCUCGCGGCCGUGUACGUGGAAGUCUUGGAAGCCGCCGAGCUCGCGGGGCACAAGGGCAAGAAGCGCGCGCGCAGCGCCUUUGUAGAUAUUGAGGUCGGCCGCCAGAAGUACCAGACGGAAACCACCAAAAACGCGAACCAUCCGCGGUGGGACGAGGCUGCAACGUUCUUCGUGGCCGACCUCGAGACGCCGUCGCUGCGACUCACGGUGAAGGAGGCGGGGGUGGAUGCCGCGACGAACCAAGCCACCCGGCUGAUCCAGACGGCGGCCCGGGCGGCGGACUACGCCGCGGGCGCGCACGCGCGCCUGUCCAAGGAUGUUGUCUUAGGUGACUUGGUCAUUUCCCUAUCCUCGGACUUUGGGGAUAGAUGGCUGCCGCUGCAGAACGCUAGAUCAGGACGCGUCCACGUCGUCGUCACGCCAUUAUAUCUAGAUAGACGUACCUUCCCGGAGCCGCAGAAGCGGUCCCACGCGUUACUUGACGAUGAUCAUUAUCGAAGAUCGACGCGGGCCGAGGAGUGGCGGCGCCACGCGCGCGCCAAUCCCCGUGCCGCUUUAUGGCAGCCCAAGGAGGACGCCCGGGCGUGCACGCGGUGCAACGCGCGCUUUUCCGACAUGUCAAGGUGGAAGCACCACUGCCGGCUUUGUUUGAGAGUCUACUGCCGGGACUGCUGCCAGAAGCGGACGAAGGUGCCGACGUUCGGCAACAAGACGCCGAUGUACGUCUGCCACGACUGCCUGAGGCGGGCGGAGCUCGUGAAGCGGGGGGAAGCUCGGGCGCGGGACAACGCGUUUCUGGGCGGUGCGGACGAGAGUCCGGCGAAAGUUGCGGUCAAGGUCGACGAGGCGCCGCCGCCGCCCGCGCCGGGGCUGCUUGGUCGUAUGCUGAGCCGCCGCGAGGUCGCCGCGCCGCCGCCCGCGGGGCAAGCCCCACUCGAACUGCAGGCGGCCGUUUUGUAGCUUCCUCUUGUGUUGCCGCGGCAUGGCGUGGAGGUUGAGAUACCCCACGCCAUCGACGCGAUGUUUCCCCGACGACGCCGCGUCGAUCUGUGCUGUGUUCUUUAACUCUACGUU